ACUAAAAAUGAAUCGCAAUAAAAGAAUAUGCAAGUGUCCUCCAAGGCUACAACAAGUUUGCAAGCACGCUAAAAUAACUGAGUGUAAAGAUGUAUCAGAAAUAAUUGAAGCUCUAACUUAUCAGGCUGAAAGUUCAAAGAAAUACCAGAAAGUAAAAACUCCGCAUUUCAAAACCAAACCGUUCAAGCCACGACAUUAUAAGGAUACCUGUGUUCCAAUGGUUCCAUCAAUGCAUACGAGAUUAAAGUAUAUUGGUCAUUGUUCCAUUGAACCGCAAAAGGAUUCAGAUAAUAAAUCGAGACGGGCAUAUGAUUUCGAGUCGUCAGAAGAGGAAGACGCAGGCGGCAUUCUAAAGAAAAAAAAAAAGAAGGAAAGAUACAAAAAGAAGGUCCGGUAUUUCGACCUUUUGCCUGGUGAUGUGAUGCUCCCCACACCCGUUCCUGUGAUAAAACAUUCAGCAUCUGAUAAGUCAAUUUUUAAUGUGCCGAGUCCUAAAACCAGCGGUGAAGUAAUCCAAGCCCAGAAAGCUACUGUAACUUCGGAAGAUUAUAAACCACCUAUACCACCUGCAUCUGGUUACGAAUUGUUCAAACCACAUAGCGGGAUAAUAGUAAACAAAGAAAAAUCUUUCGCGCCCGACGUAGUAUUCAUGCCCGGUCCAAGAACCAUAGCAAGCUAUAAAGAAAAAAGUAAGCCGUGUCGUAAAGGCGGAAUAUGUUAUAGAAAAACAUGUCAUAAAAAGAAAUGUCGAAAAUAUGCAGCUUUAAGAAAUCGUAAAAGUAAAAGACAAUCUAGAAGGGAGAUUCAAAGUGGAAAGGCAAGGUCUAGAAGUACUCAGAGACAUUUAAAGGAUGACGAUUCCGUUUGUGGUCUUGACGAUAUACCAAGACCUGAACAUGUCCAUAUACCAGCUAAUCUGAAACGAGGCACACUACAGACGCAUUCCUUAACCGUGCUACCUUGUACCAAAGAACGUAAACCAGAAAUUCAUUAUGGAAUUCUGACUGGAUCCUUCAACAUGUACGAUGUUAAAUUUAGUGGUAGGUCUAAAGGAAGACAAGCUCUUACAAUGAGUGUAAUGGCAUAUUGUUUAGCAUUUCAUUAUCAUCCAAAACAAUGGACUAUGAAAUUAGUGGACAAUUUGAUCGAUGCUGGUGAUCAAUGGUAUAUACAAUGCUUGGAAAAAGUGCAUGAUCAUUCUGCAGUUCAAGGAAUGUGCGAAGUUCUACCUUUCGGAAAAAAACAAACGUUAGUGUUAAAUGGGAAACGCAUGCAGGUCCUUCUAGGCGAGCCCGAUAUUGUAGGCUAUUCAAUGUCAUUAGACCCAACUGUUUAUAAUUUGUGUAGAGGUCUUAAAGCGUUCUUUAAGGACAAUCGUGCCGGAAUAUUGUUAACGAGGGUACUUAAAGUGGUUAUAUGGAAGGAUAGAAUAUGUUAUUACAUAUUUGAUCCAGCCGGACGGGACUCAAGGGCAUAUUCCAAUUUUUCUAAUGGUUGCGCUGCUCUUAUUAAUGUGAAAGACUUAGAAUCAGUAGCUGAAGUUCUUCUGGCACGAAGUGUAUUGGAAGACCAAAAAUUUGUGCUAGCUUCUCUUAAAGUUUUAAAAAUGGUUGAUGAAAAAUGCGAUGAAGAUUUCGAAUCAGACAAGGAACUUACACAAGUGGAAAAAGCAAUGAUGGGGUACAGAAUUUUGAAUGAAAAUUGUGCCAUCGUAAACGCGAAUAUGCACUUGGGUGAUAGAUGUUUUGAAGAUGCCAAAUAUCGUCAAGCGUUGUCAAUAGCGAUAGUAGCAAUGACAUACGCGAAAAUAUCACCUCCGAAUACAUGGUUUUCAAAGACGCUAGAUAAAAUAUUACGGUUAGGCAAUAAAUUGUACGUCGAUUGUGUGUACCCAAAGGUAAUGAUAGAUAUAACUAUUGAUAACAUACCCAACGAAAUCAUUGUUGGUCCAUAUGCAUGUGAAAUAAUCAUAUAUCGAGAGAGGGUAAAAGGACAAUUAUUCACUACAAAAGAAUGCUUACUAAAUAUACGGACAGGGUUAGAAGAAAUAUUUAGCCACGAGUAUAAUAGUGGUAUUUUAGAGUUCAAUAAUUAUGUACUAGCAGUAUGGAGACAAAAAGAUAUGUACUAUUUAUUUGAUCCAUAUCCAAGAACAAAUGACGGGUUAAGAUCAUUUUCAGCUGGUAAAGCUUGUUGUUUUAUGCUUUUGAAUCCAGAGACAAUAGCAGAAGUAUUUACAAAAAAUUGGGACUACUUACCAGCCACGACGCAGUUCCUCAUUCACGCAUUUAAAGUGCUUAAAUUAAAAAAAAGAGAACCUAAGGCUCAAAUAGUUUGUACACUGAGUGACGAACAGUUACCUGGUAUGAAGAAAAUAAAGCGCAAAGUCCUCCCUAUGAGUCAAUCUCGAGGAGAUGGCGGUAAAGAGAUAAUCCAUGAUGUCUUUCCUACGGAAGAUUUUAAAGAAAGCCUGGCCGGGCCACAAGUUGAUGAAGAACAAAUGGGAGAUAUUAUUUCUUUAGUCGACAGCAUUCAAGAAGAUUAUCUUCCUCCAAUACCUUUAAGAUACAAAAAUAUGCCACCUGAACCACUGCAGGAAAAAAUAGUGAACCUGGACUCGCCGACGGUGUCGGUGACGCAGGUGGUCCCGCCGUGGCCGCGGCCGCGCGACAAAACGCACGAGCGGCCCGAGCCCGACCCCGAGCCCGAGCCCACGCCGCCGCCCACCCCGCCGCCCUCGCCGCCACCAGAAGGAGGCCUAGAAGAGGAGGAAGAAGAAGGCGACGAAGAAGAGGAGGAACAUAUGUCAAAAAAAAAGAGAGAAGAAGAAGAAAGAAAGAGGGCUGAAGAAGAAGCUCGAAGAAAAGCUGAAGAACUUCCUCCCCCAUUACCACCGCCACCGCCUUCGCCACAGCCUGAACCAGAAGUACCGUUGGCGCAACCGAUACAAGUAGUUGAAGAUGAAAUUCAAACUAUGUCACCGGUUAAGGUGGAUCGAGAAAUUUUACUUACAGAAGAUGCGCAGUAUCGAUUUAAAUUGAGACAACUUCGCAAAAAAAUGACGCCGCCAUUAUUAGAAACCGAUUUCGAUCUAACGGCAGAAGAAGAACUCGCAAAACCAAGUAACUUUAAAAAUUUGCCCGAUAAUACGCAAAUAAUAAGAGGAACAUCUGCCAUAUCGGAUGGAAGUGCUAUUGAUGUUUUACCAUUUGCGGCAAUCAUGGCCAUCGUAACCUCCUACAAAUAUGCAGUAAACACGUGGACGACAGGCUUAGUGAACUUUGUAGUGGACACCGCUAAUAAAUUAUAUCAGAAUAAAAAAGAAAAAUUUCAACUUGCUCCAGUUCAUAUUAUACCGAAGAUUGCCAUUGGUCAUCAAGCAUAUCACGCUACUAUAGACGUAGUAGGAGAGGGAGCAACAUGGCAAUUAGAGGAUGUUUUGAUUAGAAAAUUUUUACCUAAAUAUGACAGAGGAAUGAUAACAACAGCGUCAUAUAGCUCUGCAUUUUUUAGAAAAAACAAUCUCUAUUAUCUAUUUGACGGCAGCUCUUGCAACGCGAUGGGCUUGAGAGAAGGUAAUGUCAAAGGAAAGGCAUGUUUUCUUCGAUUUCGCUCGUUACAUGAUCUCGUGGCAAGGGUUUUGUACAAUAAAGAUGGGAAAAAUGAAGAUCAACAGUUUAUACUAAGCAGAAUAAUAGUUAGAAGACUUUUGACAGAGCCAAGGUUAAAAUUACCGGAAGACUAUGACUUCGCUACUGGAGCACCGAAAUCCAAUAAGUCAAGAUAUUCGAUAGCAGAUUCCGGCAAAGGAUCCGAAAGAAAAAAAUCAUCUAUUGCGUCAUCCAACAUAAAGAGUGAAACCGUAAUUGGAUAUCAACAAAUUACCGGAAUAUACAGAAUAGAAGGAACAACAGCACUUAAAGACAGAAAAGCUAGUUCCGACAUAAAAUCUUGUCAUUUUGUGAGUUUAAUAGCAAUGCUAAUGGCAACAAUGCAUCCCAUCCGGACAUGGGACCAUGUUAUGGUAGAUACGUGCAUAGAAAAAGGGUUGGAAAUUCAUGCAAAAGCUACUAAUUUAAGCGUUUGCGAGAAGAGGGUAAUAAAAAAUGUCAUAUUAGAUGGCAAAUUCGUUAAUGUUAAUAUAAAGAAAAUUAUAGUUGUUAAUGAAAAUCAAGAAAAGAGAUUAGAUCAGUAUUUGAAAGCUGUGUUAAACAGGCUUAGGUAUGUUAUCAUUAGAUUCCCUUCUUGUAGCAUGGUUAUCUGUAAAUCCGAUGGCUAUUAUCACAUCUUUGAUCCAUACCCACCACCCGAUGAAAAUAACCCAGACCAGAUGAUGAAAGAUAUUAAGAAGAAAAAAGAUUCUGCUGCACCGGCAGUGCCCCAAAAGUUGGGUGCUGUUGCUGGCUGGACAUUGUAUGAUUCAAUUAAUUCGCUAAUAAAUAGAAUAAACAGAGCUGUUUCCGCGCCAAAUUCGCCAGAAUUUUAUACUUUUGAAUUAACUUCUAUAAAAACUGCUCCACGCCAUUCGGCACUCAACUACAGGCUCAGUCCUCUUUUCAAGCCAGACGUUAAUCCGAACUUGCCAUACCUGAAGCGAAGAAGAAUUCGUCCUAAUGUGGAUGAAAAAAUUUACUGGUUAAAUAUUGAGACCGUUCCUUGGUCUCGUAUGAACACCGUAAACGAUUUAGGGCUUGAGAGAAAAACUCCUAAGACAAUGUGGAAAGAUUGGGAUAUUGAAUUUCCUGGAGAUCUUUAUUCACUUUGGGGAACGUUACAUCCUCUGGAUAUGAAAUUUAACGAAUUGCAUCGGGGCAAACAAUACCUGGCUACAUGCGUCAUUGCGCUUGUUAUGACAAGAGCGUGUGACCUAAGUGCCUGGACUAGUAGCUUUUUAGAUGGCAUUGUCGAAGCAGGUAAUAGUUAUCAUAUAAAAUGUCACGAUAAAAUUGGUGGAAACCAAAAUCACGAAAUUAGUCUCGAUGACUUGGAAUCCCAAUAUGACAUGUAUCCGUAUUCGUUCACAGUUAAAUUCGAUAAAGUUAUAUUUGGUUUCGUGUAUAAUAUUUAUCCUGAUAGAUUCAAUCUAAGCAAGGCUUUAAUUUUCUUCUUCGAGAAAAAUACUUUAGGCAUACUAGUGAGCCCCGCGAAAAACUUAGCGUUCGGGAAGACAAAUCAAUCGUAUUUUAUGUUCGAUUGUCAAAGCUACGGACUACCAAUAUUCAGUCCGAGCCAAGGCGCCUCGUAUAUAUUAAAAUGUGAAAGCCUCAACAGAUUGAUAUACUGCAUUGCUGUAACCUUGAACAUUAGGCGACACGGUCAGCAAUUCCAUUUGUUUAGUGUAAACGUGACCCUUGCUGAAAAAUCGAAAUAAACAUAAA